AUGUCAGGACUUAGAAAAAGAACCACCAAAGGUACUUCUAAGAAGGAUUUAUCCACCGUGUCUAAUUCAUCGGAUGAAAAAUUAUUAGAAACUGUUCAAAAGUCCAAAGACAAUGAAAAGCCAACAGACCAAACUGAUGAGUGUCCACUGUUAAACAAAAUUAGUUUGGCAGUAGUUACGAUUUUGGCUUUCGUGACUAGAAUUUACAAAAUUGAUUAUCCUUCAGAAGUUGUUUUCGAUGAAGUUCAUUUUGGUAAAUUUGCAUCUUAUUAUUUGCAACGUACCUAUUUUUUUGAUCUUCAUCCACCUUUUGCAAAAUUAUUAAUUGCCUUGGUUGGUUAUUUAGUUGGAUAUGAUGGUUCCUUCAAAUUCGAUAACAUCGGUGAUUCUUACAUAGACAAUAAAGUUCCAUAUGUUGCUUAUCGUUUACUUUCCGCUGUUUUAGGUUCUGUCACAGUCCCUAUAAUCUACUUGACAUUGAAAGAGUUAAAUUACUCUAUCCCAACUGCAGUUUUUGGAUCAUUGUUAGUUCUUUUUGAUAAUGCACAUGUUGCGGAAACAAGAUUAAUUUUAUUGGAUGCAGUUUUAAUUUUAUCCGUUGCCUUAUCAAUUUAUUCUUAUAUUAGAUUUUAUAAAGAACAAGCAAAUGGGGCCUACACUAAAGGAUGGUUCAAAUGGUUAAUCUUGACUGGUGUCUCAUUAUCGUGUGUUAUCUCUACAAAAUACGUUGGUGUAUUUACUUACAUUACUAUUGGUUUUGCUGUUGCUCUUGAUUUAUGGUCGCUUUUAGAUAUUGAAUCUGGAUUAACAAUAAGACAAUUCAUAAGACAUUUUGUUGCAAGAUUCUACUCCCUGAUUGUUUUACCAUUUCUAAUAUAUCUGUAUUGGUUUUACGUUCAUUUUGAAAUAUUGACAAGAUCAGGGCCUGGUGAUGGAUUUAUGAGUUCUGAAUUUCAAGAAUCAUUGGGCGAUUCUCCAUUGGCAAAGACAGCUAAACAAGUGAACUAUUAUGACAUUGUAACAUUCAAGCAUAAGGGGACAGAUGCGUUAUUACACUCUCAUGGUUACCGUUACCCAUUGCGCUAUGAAGAUGGUCGUGUUUCAUCUCAAGGGCAACAAGUUACAGGUUUCAUCGGUGAAGAUAUCAACAAUCAAUGGCAAGUAUUACCAGUGGAAGAAUUUCCUGAAGAUAACAAGUUGAACAAGCCAGUUCGUAUUGACGACAUAGUGAGAUUCUUACAUGUCAAUACCGGUACUUAUUUGUUAUCUCACGACGUUGCUUCACCAUUGUAUCCUACAAAUGAAGAGUUCACAACUGUUGACUACAAUACUUCUAUCACCAGAUUUAAUGAAACACUGUUCAAACUACCAGCAGCUGAUAAAUCUAAUAAGCGCUCUAUCAUUAAAACAAAGUCUUCUUUACUUCGAGUUUUACAUGUUGAUACCACAGUUGCAUUAUGGACCCAUGAUGAUGUUACAUUGCCAGAAUGGGGAUUCAACCAAUUGGAAGUUAAUGGUAAUAAAAAAAUUCAGGAUUCUACAAAUACAUGGUACUUUGAUGAAAUCAUUGGAUUAAACGAUAGCCGUCAAUUCUAUGUUCCAAAACCAGUCAAAAAGAUCCCAUUUUUCAAAAAAUGGUGGGAGCUACAAUUCAUCAUGUUUGAACAAAACAAUAAAUUAUCUAGCGAACAUCCAUUUGCAUCAGAUCCUAUUUCAUGGCCAGGAUCACUUUCAGGUGUUAGCUUCUGGACUAAAGAGGGAACUAAAGAGCAAAUUUAUUUCAUUGGUAACUUAUUUGGAUGGUGGUUAGAAGUCAUAGCUUUAGCUUCAUUUGCAGGAUUUUUUGCUGCCGUUAAAUUAGUUCAGCAAAGAAAAAUCUAUGUGUUGAAAGAUAUCCAAAUUAAACAACUGUUCAACAUUGGGUUUCUUUACAUUGGCUACUUGUCACACUAUGUGUUUUUCUUUUUAAUGGCAAGACAAAAGUUUUUGCACCAUUAUUUACCAGCUCAUUUGAUUGCAGCAAUUUUAACCGCAGCAAUUCUAGAAUUUUUAGUUGGUAGGGGAAAAGUUUUGAACAUCACGAUAGUUGUUCUAUCUAUUGGUUUAAUUUAUUCUUUCUACUUUUUCGCUCCAAUAACCUACGGUAAUGUUGGCUUGACACCUGAUCAAGUUGGAGCAAGACAAUUUUUAAACAUCAAAUUACAUUUCUACAAAUAG